AUGCAAGCAGACGAGUAUUCCGCGCGCAUUUCGCAACGUAACAGCAGCGUUAAUGCUGAAAGGGCUAGAUACGGGCCUUUUUUAGAUGCAUUCGACAGAAAAAUUAAAUUGCAGAUUGUUGUCGAGCUGGAAAACCCCUUGUCACUUGCUAAGUGCUCGCGGGCGUGGCAUAAUCAAGUGCACUCGCCAAGGACAAAAGCCAUGUGGUUGAUUCGCAGAUAUGGCAUACAUACCCUUUUUCAUACUAUAAGAAGGCGCGAGAACAUUGACGUCAUUAACUCUCUCUUCGAACAACAAGUUCAUCUUAGCCACUACUUGGCCCAAAGACUGAUGAAAUCCUACGGAAGGCCCGAUGCCAACCUCUUCAAUCUCCGACGGUCGUACAACGCUAAUCAAGGAAUAGACAACAACAAUACAAAUAGCAUACCCUGGGGCGAUGUAGCCUACAAUAUAUUUCUUCGUAUUCUCGGCGAAGCCCAUAAGAAAUUUGGUAAAGACCAAACCUUUCUUAAUGGAGAUGAUAUGGAGUUUUUUAGACUUUUGUCGAUGACAGGGGAUAAUUGUCAGAAAUUGGAGAAUUUAAUCAGAGAGUACGGUUUCGUCCCUUUUCCUCCUAGGCCACACGGGAUCGACGGGUCACAUGCUUUCGACAACAACACCGAUGGUUAUGAAGAUCCUGAUCAUUUGAACGAUAUUGCACAUGCGAUACUUCUCAAUCCAGACUUGGUCACUUGCUGGCAAGACAACGGCUAUCAUGAAGUUGUCGAGGAUUUGAACGAUUUUGUAAUGCGGGCUUUGUUACCGUCUCUUGACCCACCUCCAGGUUGGGUUCCGCUCACGUUAGAGCAAGUGAUUAACACCUUACAUCGCCUAUCAUCGAUCGGUUUUAAAUUAACCGAUGAGCUGGUUGCUGAUGUAACCGCAUCUGAACCUAGAGUACGACAAGCUUUUAUUCGGGCAUUUGCCAUUAUUCGUGGUGAUGCUGGUAUAACGUAG